AUGGCCAACUACAUAGAGGGUUUAGCCCUCGGAUACGGCUUCAACAAUACCAAUCUGCCCGAGGGGCUUGAUUCUGCGCAACAGUCCACAGCAUCGCCCUCAUCCAAUACCCAGCAAGAUGCUUCGUCAUACACCCAACCGACGACUUCCUUCCAAGGCAACGUUACUGUCUAUCAGACGACAGGCCCCGAUGCCCAUACGGGUCCGAUCCAGCAACCCGGAAGCAACGCUCCCGCCCUGAACCCGCGAUCAUGCGUAACCUGUCGCCGCCGGAAAGUCCGUUGCGACAAGCAGAUGCCGUGUUCCAACUGUCGUCGAGCACAAAUUCCCUGCGUUUUCCCCGCCCCUGGGAGGGCACCGCGGCAGCCGCGCCGAAAGGACCCUAACGCCCCCACCAAGAACUCAAGCCAGCGCGAGAUCGAGUUGAUGAAGAGGUUGAGGAAGCUGGAAGGCAUAGUGGAAGAACUCAGUGGACAGAUCGAGGUCGAGUCUGGGGGCAAAGGUGCCUCAUCUGCUAGUUCACCUGAGGCUGCACAUGCAGGUCAAAACACAUCGUUUGAGACAUCGGCACCUAACCCUCAAAGGCAUCUAUCAAACGCAUCUUCUCACCAUGGAAACACGGGAAUGGUUGGUGACAGCCCACGGGGUAGCGAUGCUACAAGUGAACACAGUGAGGCAGCGCGCAAAAAUAUGCACAAAAAGUUUGGACGACUGGUUUUAAACGAUACAGCUGGAAGCCGAAGAUAUGUCAGCCAUGGAUUUUGGUCAAAGCUUAAUGACGAGCUCGACUUGAUACGAGAAGAAACACAAAGACUCACCGAUGAGGACUUCGACGAUUCGGAUGAAGAGACUCCAGACAGCUCACCGGCAGCUGCGCUCACAGCGAACCACAAUGCCUUCAUCUUUGGAUAUCGCACUGCAGAUGUGGAUUUGGAAAACCAAUGGCCUCUGCCUUCGCAUAUCCCAUUUCUAUGGUCUGUAUACCAGGACAAUGUGGAGCCAUUGCUUAAAGUGUUGCAUAUACCAACUAUGGAGCCCGUCUUUCGAGAUGCGAGAAAGGAUCGCAAACAACUGUCUCCUGCGAACGAGGCCCUUGUCUGGUCAAUUUACUAUGCUGCAAUUAUGUCACUAGAACCCGAGGAGGUACAAGCCAAUCUUGGCAUCAACAAAGAGGAUGUUCUUGUACAGUACCGUUUCGCGGUCGAGCAAGCUCUAGCCAAGGCCAACUUCCUUAACUCAUUAGACACCACGAUUAUCCAAGCCUUUCUCAUAUUCCUCUUUGUAGUCAAGGGCCAAGAUCAGAGUAGAUUCUGUUGGUCGUUGACCGGCUUGGUAGCUCAUCUUGCUCAGGGCAUGGGUCUUCAUCGCGAUGGGUCACAUUUCGGAUUAAGCCCUUUCGAAACCGAAAUGCGAAGACGUCUUUGGUGGACAUUACUUCUCCUGGAUCUUCGGUCGGCCGAUGAUCUGGGUACUGACCUUAUCAUCCAGGAGUUCAAUUAUGAUACGCAGAUGCCAAGCAACAUCAACGAUACCGAUAUCAAACCUGACUCAGCAGAGUCACCGGAACCCAGAGAAGGUCACUCUGACUGUGCAUUGGCCCUCAUCCGUUUUGAGAUUGCAGGCUUUGGCAGACGUCUCCUUCGCCUAUCAUCUGCUUCCAUGUCAUUUUGCCCCAACGGCACGGCUUAUGAAAAUACCAGUCUUGCUGAUCGAGAGCGUAUGCUUAUCGACGUUUACGAGAGAGUCGAGCACAAGUUCCUGAAGCAUGUCACGGAUGAUGCGGAUCCUAUGUACUGGGUGGCGGCCUCCAUCGCUCGCAUAAUUAUGGCCAAGAUGACUCUAGUGAUCUACCAGCCGGCGCUCUUCCCAGGCUCAGACAGUGAAGGUACGCUUUCGGAAGAGGCGAGGGAGCGCGCCUACUUGGCGGCGAUCGAGAUCACCGAAUACAAUCAUAUCUUGAAUAGCGAUCCAAGGUGUAAGCAGUUCAAGUGGCUCUUCAAAGGAUAUACCAACUGGUCAGCUAUGGCCUACUUUCUCAUUGCUAGUUGCCGUCGGCCAUGGACUCCUCUCGUGGAGCGUGGCUGGCAAGCUCUACACGGGUACGAUGGCCACCCAGCCCUUCUCCCACGGACUGCCGAUCUCACAGUUGUCGUAAUGCCUAUCAGAAAGCUUUAUGCGAGAGCCCAAAGGCACCGUGCAGCUGAGAUUACUCGGCUUCGUGGUAAUCCCGAGGAAGCACGCAGACUGGAGUUCGAAGAGAGGAAUAACCCCAGCUACCAAACUCGAUUUGGACAAGCUGCUGAUGGAGCAGUCAACAAAAUGGAAGAGAUAAGAAACAACUGGAAAACUCUGGUGCGAUCCGACGGCAGCAACAUAAAGAUGUCUACUCCAGCCGAGAUGAGCCCUGUAGCGCCACCCGCGAUGCUCCAACCAAUGCAACCGCAAGCUCCGUCUCGUCCUCGAACGCCUUUGGCCAACGAUGUACCGGGAAGUCUGGAUCUUUCUGACACGACCAUGGGUUACAUGAACGAGAUGAUGUCGCAAGAUUCGAGUUUUCCUAUGGUAAAUUUCUGGCCCCUGAAUGACGUCGGCUCGGCUCAGAUUAAGGCCAUGGGAACUGGAGCGACGCCGAUGCAAGCCGUUAAUCAGUUGCCUCAGCAGCACACGACACAAGUCGGAGACAUUGGCCAACAAUUUUCUCUCGAUGCCAUGCAUUUGCCCAAAGACGACAAUCAAGCUUAUUUCUGGAACGGUCCAUUCCCAUCCGUACACACAAAUUAUGACGGCAUGGGUGUAGACGACGUUGAUAUGAUUGGAGAAGAUUUCAAUUGGCAUAGUUGGAGCCAGAACGUUCGUGGUCUGUAG